CUUUUUCUUUUCUACUCACCCCCUAACCCUAAAACCCUAUUUAUUUUCUCGCCGCGGAGCGCCCCACCCUUCGUCGUCUUCCUCCUCGCGCACGACUGGAUUGUGGAUUCCAUUAGCGCAAGCGCCGCCGCCGCAGCUGUUUUGCUGGUGCCGUGUGCCCUUGCUUGCUUCUGGGAGGUAUUUCACUCGGGUCCUGUGAUCCACAGGACCGUAGGCGGUCGCAUCCGCAAUGUUUCCGAAGAAAGGGCCCAAUCCCUACGGCCAGCCUCCACAGUACGGAGCGCAGCAAGCGUACGGCAAAAUCCUUGGCAGCGGUGGAUAUGUAACCUCUACGGCAGCGUCUGUCGGCACUGAUGGUGCUCGGUUUGGCGGUAACACUGCACCGGGAACUGUGGGGCAAUACGGAGGAGCCUACGCUGCGGUUUAUGGCGCGCAGAAGGUUGGUGGACUUGCUGGCAAUGGUCCUGGUUCUUCUGGUCUUCCCAGCCUGCAAGCUCAUCAAACGGCGCUUUCCGAGCCGUCAAAAUUCUCAUCUGCAGCUGUUGGGUCCAGCCUGGGAAGACCAAAUGAUGACUAUCUAGCUUCAUGUGGAUAUGCACCAAAGCUAGGCCAGUACAAUGCUGAUUAUGAAUUGGAGAGAAGGAUAUACGGUGAACAGUCAACUAAUAUCGGCAGGCGAGAGGGCCUCGUUGAUUUGGAUAGAAAAUAUCCUGAUCAUAUUCCUGGAAGCCAUCAGGUUUCAUCAGCACGCCAUCAGCAGCCUAUAAACACCCAACUGCAGCCUGGUUCUGAUAUACGACAAGCCGAUUACUUUGCAGGAAGGACCGGUCCAAUCCAUCAUGGAUCCCUGGAAGUUGGUGCAUAUGGAAGAGUUGAAGCCGAUCAUCACAGCUUGUCUAUUCCUGGAUCUGUCCCAUAUGGUGUCCAACAGCCAGCUUCAGUGUUGGGGGGAACUCAUAGGACAAACAUGGACAGCCUUGUCUACGGCCAAGGAUCAUCGAGCAGUGGAUAUGGGGUGGGUCUGCCCCCUGGCCAUGACUAUGCUUCAGGGAAGAGCUUGCUGCAUGCAUCUUCAGAGUCUGAUUACCGAGAUAGCAUCUUACCACAUGUACAUCCAGGCAUCUCCAUGGUUGAUGAGCGAGCAGGGGAUCGGGUUGGUUAUCGCCGUGAACUGGAUAUAAGGGACGAUGAGCGUCGAAGGGACUUUUUGUGGGAAAGGGAAAAGGAAAGGGAGUGGGAACGGGAACAAGAGCUACGAGACCGUGAAAUGGAUUUGGAAAGAGAGCGAGACAGGGAACGGGAGCGUGAAAGACAAAGGGAGCGUGAAAGGGAACGUGAACGAGAAAGAGAACGUCUCCGUGAGCGUCGGGAGAAGGUGCGGGACAGGAAGCAUGUGCUUGUUCCAAGGCGGGAGCGCACUCCACCAAGGACACUUGGUGAACGGCGAUGUUCUUCUUCUGUUAAAUCUGAGAAGCCUUUGCGACAACUUUCACCUCGACGCGAUGCUGUGCAUAGGCAUCGUUCACCUGUUAAACAAAUAAAGAGAGAAUAUAUUUGCAAGAUCCUUCCAUUUCGCCUGGUGGAUGCUGAGAGGGACUAUUUAUCUUUGGCAAAGCGAUAUCCUAGACUAACGAUUUCUCCAGAUGUUUCUAAGGUUGUUUUCAACUGGCCCAGAGAAAAUCUUAAUCUUUCCAUGCGUACACCAGUCAGUUUGGAGCAUGACAUUCAUGAAGUGGAUGGUAAGUUUGAUGAAAGAACGGUUUUGUCUUCAGAGAAAUCAUAUAGCGCCAACUCCUCAGACACCAUUUGGAAUGCAAAGGUUCUCUUGAUGAGUGGCAUGAGCAAUGGUGCUUUUGCUGAUAUAUGUUCUUUGAGGAGUGCUGAGGAACGGAUUGCGCACUGGAAUAAUGUCUUAAAAUUUGCUGUCCUUAAGAAGGAUCGUGCACUUAUUGCAAUCGGAGGUCCUUGGAAUGCCACAAUAGAUGGUGGAGAUCCAUUAGUUGACUGCUCUUGCUUGAUUCGAACCGCAAUCAGAUUUGUUAAAGAACUGGUUCAGGUUGAUCUAUCUAAAUGCACACACUGGAAUCAUUUCCUUGAGGUUCAUUACAACAGAAUUGGCAAAGAUGGACUCUUUAGUCAUAAAGAGAUCACUGUACUGUUUGUACCAAAUCUUUCAGAGUGUGUACCUUCAGUAGAUUUAUGGAAAUGCACUUGGAUUGGAUACAUAAAAUCAAAAGCAGACAGGGAAAAACUUGCUAUAAAAAAUGAAAAGGUGCCUUGUGAUGCAAAGGAACAAAAGAAAGGAACAGAUGAUGGUCAUUUAAAGGAGGGCAAGGAGCAAAAGAAAGGAACAGAUGAUGGUCAUUUAAUGGAGGGCACGGAGCAAAAGAAAGGAACAGACGAAGGUCAUUUAAAGGAGGGUGAUAUUGCCAAGGAUGCUACCAAAAUCGAGAAAGUUGAUACUAAAAUGGAUGAACAGGGCAAAAAUGGAGAGACAAAGCUUGCUGAGAAUGAUGGGAAAGAGCUUGCUAAAGUUGAGGAACCUAAUAAGGGGGAGGAUUUUCAAGGAAAUAUGUCUGGUGAUGCCUCUGUUGAUCGUGCUGGCGAGGAUAAAAAGCCUAUACGAAGGAAAGUAAUAAAGAAGGUUCUCAGAAAAGUGGUUCGUGGAAAGCAAGCUGCUGAAGCUGUGAACCAAACUGUGGAAGAGUCGAUUAAGCAGACAACUGAGGAUGUUAGUAAAGAAAAGGUUGGAGCCAGCAUUAGUCAGCAGCCUGACACCAAGAAAUCUGGGAAGAAGAAAGUUAUUCGAAGGAUUGUUAAGAGGAAAAUUCCUGCUUCAGGAUCCAAUUUGAGCACACCUCCUGUACCUGCUGAAAUAACUCAAGGAGCGGAGCUUCAACAAGAAAAGAAUGAAAGCUUAACUGAUGCUGGAAAUUCACAAAUUAAGCUGGCAGAAGUGUCGAAAAUUGCCCCCAGAGAGAUUUCAGAUCAGAAAAAAGAAGAAAAGCCUGAUACUGAGAAUCAAAAAUUAAAUGGAGAUAAGGUUACUGGACAUGAGUUAUUGAAAGGGAAAGAUAUAAAUAAGGAUGGGGGAGAUGAAACAAAAGAUAACACAAAGGAUGAUAAGGAGAAAAGGAGUAAAGACCUGAAGAAGGAUCCAAAACAAAAGUCGCUUAAAGAUGUCAGAGAAAAGAAGAAAUCUGAUGAACCUCCUAAGCAUCCGGGACUCAUUUUGCAGACUAAAAAGAGUAAAGAGUCCAAACUCCGUUCAAUAUCCCUUUCAUUGGAUGGUCUACUAGACUACACAACCAAUGACACAGAGGACUCUGUAUUUGAGCUUUCUUUGUUUGCUGAGUCGUUCAGUGAAAUGCUUCAAUUUAGAAUGGGCUGCAUUAUCCUGUCUUUUCUUGAGAAACUACACAAGCAUUAUGUUACAAAGAAGAAUCAACUCAAGCGCCCAAGAGAGGAAGAUCUACAGAAGGAAGACGAUAAAUCAUCAGAAAAGCGAUCGAAAACAACCAUUGACACUCAAACAGAAAGUACCCCUAAUAAUAACAGUGCAGUUAAAAUUGAUGAGAUAAUUGAAGAUGCUGAGAAAAAGAUGAGCACUGAUCAGAUACCCAUCGCUCGUGAUGAACCUGAGGCAGAAGAGAAAAUGAUGGAUGACGAUUCUGAAUAUGAAGAAGAUCCUGAGGAAGUAGAAAUGUGUGAAGAAGACGAUGAGGACAUGGAUGCUGCUGCUGAGCAAGAGGGUGAGGGUAAUUUGAACAGUACAGAGGUCAAACCAGAAGAGGUAACAGAAGAAGAUAAAGGAAACAAGAAAGUGGGGAACGAGAUAGAAUUAGAUUGCGUCCAUGGAAAGUCAGUUUCAGGGGAGGGCAAAUUUGCUACGGCAGACAAAGGAGAUUUGGUAAAAGUUGGGGAAAAUGUAGUGAGUAAGGAGGGGAAGGCAGCUUUAUCGCAGAAAGGAGAUUCACCAAGAAAUGAGGUGGUCGAUAAGGACCUGCUGCAGGCUUUUCGGUACUUCGAUCGAAGCAGAGUAGGUUAUAUCAAGGCGGAAGAUCUGAAGUGCAUUGUUCACAACUUGGGAAAGUUUUUGUCUAAUAAGGACGUGAAGGAAUUGGUACAGACUGCUGUUGCUGAGAGCAAUUCCGCAAGGGAUAAUCGUGUUAUGUACACAAAGCUUGUGAAGAUGGUUGAUCUCUAAUGUUGUUCCAGUUUUUAGUUGCUAGGAUCUGCUUGGCCGUAGCAAUUUAUUCUUCUGAAAUUCUCCUGGAAGCCUCGAAGACGAUGCAUGAAAUGUGUAAUUAUAUGUUUUAUGCGAUGGUUGAACAUUGGUUUGGAGGUUGAAAGUAACUGAGCCGUACAUGUUUGUACCGAGAAAAUUCUCAAUUGAUAUAUUUUCCUCCCGGGAAGUAAAUUUCUGCACAUUUGGUUAAA